AUGGCCAUCCUUAUACCAUCGAUACACACGCGCGACUCGUUUCCAUCCGAUGCUAUUGCCAUAGUGGGAGCUGCCUGCCGCCUUCCAGGAGCGGAUACUCUGGAGGAUCUGUGGGAUGUUAUUUCUCAAGGCAGGAGUAAAGUCCAAGAGAUCCCUAGGGACCGGUGCAUCAUUGAAGAGACAUUUCGUGGCCAACAGGAUCAGGAAUGGAUGAAAGGACGGAGAUUCUACGGCAAUUUUGUCGCCGAUGUCGCUGCCUUCGAUAAUGCCUUCUUCGGCAUCAGCCCACGAGAAGCAAAAUACAUGGAUCCUCAGCAGCGGCUUCUAUUAGCCACCGCGUUCGAAGCCAUGGAUUCUAGUGGAUAUCUACGCAAGCACCGACGAGAAGAUGGGGACACAGUAGGGUGCUUUAUCGGAUCGACCUACACAGAAUACCUGGAAAACACAUGUGCCUACAACCCAUCGGCAUUUACCGCCCCAGGCACGAUCCGCGCCUUCUUGUCCGGAAAGAUUAGCCAUUAUUUCGGUUGGACGGGACCGUCAGAAGUCAUUGACACAGCGUGCUCAGCAUCUCUCGUGGCCAUUCACCAUGCCUGUCGCGCCAUUCAGGCUGGUGACUGCUCUAUGGCACUGGCAGGAGGCGUUAACCUCAUUACCGGAAUUCACAACUACCUGGACCUGGCCAAAGCCGGCUUUCUCAGCCCUACAGGGCAAUGUAAGCCAUUUGAUGAAUCGGCAGAUGGCUACUGUCGUGCGGACGGAGUAGGCCUAGUCGUCUUGAAGCCUCUAGACCAAGCUAUCAGCAGCGGAGAUCAUAUUUUGGCUGUGAUUCGGGCGUCGGCUACGAAUCAGGGAGGGCUCCACGCGCCUUCCAUUACUGUACCGGAUUCCAAGGCCCAGCAGAAAUUAUACCGCCAUGCCAUUUCUAAAGCAGGCAUCUUGCCCGAGCAAGUAUCUUACAUUGAAGCGCAUGGUACAGGCACGCGCGUAGGCGACCCCAUUGAGAUUGAGAGCAUACGGGCAGUGUUUGGCGGGCCGCAUCGAGCGGAACCAUUGCAUUUGGGGUCAGUCAAAGCCAAUAUAGGCCACUGUGAGACAGCUGCAGGUGUGGCCAGUUUACUGAAAGUCAUCAUGAUGUUUUCUCACCGGAGCAUCCCGCCGUUGGCGGGCUACAGCACGCUGAAUCCUAAAAUUGCCUCUCUUGAACCGGAUCAGAUAAUUAUCUCAAAGAAGCUCCUUCCGUGGACUUCAGAAAGUCGCAAUUCAUGUGUCAACAGCUAUGGUGCCUCAGGGAGCAAUUCUACCUUAAUAUGUUCUGAGUGGAUGGGGGAGACAAACGUUCCGAGGGGAUCUAGCCUAUCCGGUGUGCCAUACCCUGUGCUCUUGUCUGCAGCCUCAAAAGAGAGUCUGAAGAGAUAUGUCUGUGAGCUGUUAUCAUAUAUUCUCAAGUCCCCUUCGGGCAUGAGUGUCGGCGACAUUGCUUUUACGCUGAGUGAGCGACGCAAACAUCAUCAAUUCCGGUGGACUACCACUGCCGCUGACUUACCCAGCUUAGUCCAACAGCUGCGUGCUGACAUCCAACCCUUCGAGAUCUCCAAGCAACCGAAGCGGGUAGUGCUUGCAUUCUCGGGGCAAACCAAGCUCAACAUUGGCUUACAUCCCCAGCUGCGUGAGACGAGCCCCCGCUUCAUGGCGUAUAUCGAUGCCUGCAGCCAGAUCUUGAUAAACUUGGGACAACCCGACAUCCGACCACAUCUCUACAAGUCCGAGCCCAUAGACGAUGUUGUUAUCCUACAAUGUGGUACAUUUGCGGUGCAAUAUGCCUCCGCGAGAUGCUGGCUUGACGGUGGAUUGAAGGUGGAUGCAGUUAUUGGCCACAGCCUGGGCGAACUUACUGCGCUUGCGGUCUCGGGAGCCCUGUCGCUGGCAGAUGCGCUCAAAUUAGUCUCGUACAGGGCACAUCUUAUGAGCAGCAAAUGGGGCCCUGAUCGUGGGACUAUGCUGGCUAUUCAUGCCGACCAAGGCACCGUUAGAAACAUCAUCAAUUGCGUUGCAACCGCCACCAGCUCGCCAGAUUCCGAGACCCUCGAGAUAGCUUGCUACAAUAGCAUGAAGAGUCAUGUAGUUGUGGGCAAUGAGUCAUCUAUAGCCGCGACUGAGAUGAUUUUACAGAACGAUACCCAAAAUUAUGGCAUCCGAGCGCAACGUCUGAAUGUGAGCCAUGGGUUCCACUCGCGAUUCACAGAGCCUCUGCUCGGUGAUCUUGUUGAAUUUACCCGAACGAUUGAGUUCCGACAGCCUAGCAUUCUACUGGAGAUAUGUACAGAGCAGGGAGCCACGUCUAUAACGGCAUUAGGACCCAAGUAUCUAGCUCACCACUCUCGAAAGCCGGUGUACUUUGUGAAUGCCGUUCGACGCCUGGAGGAAAGGCUGGGCAGUUGUGUCUGGCUAGAAGCUGGCUGGCAGAGCCCUGUUGCGUCUAUGGCGAGACGGGCUGUUGCGCACCCGGAAGCCCAUAUGUUUCAGUCCGCCGCGCCUAUAGAAAUGGCAGCAGCAAAUCUCUGGCGUGAGGGAGUUGCCAAUUCUUAUUGGGCAUUUCUCACUCCACGGGAAUUGGACAUCAGGCAGAUCUGGCUGCCUCCGUAUCAGUUUGAUCGUCCGCAAUAUUGGCUCGAGUUUGUUGACCGUACCAUCGAGGAGAGAAAUAAACUUCUUUCAGCCAUGGAUCCGUCCUCACUCGACCCAAGACAAGCUGUCAGCCUGGUGAGCUACUGCAGCUGCCCGGAUAGCAACAGUGGAUCUCACAACUUUUGCAUCCACACCAAGACCGAACGGUACACGCGCAUUGUCAAGGGCCAUGCAGUCCGCCAACGACCACUUUGCCCAGCAUCCAUGUACAUGGAAUGCGUAACUAUGGCUAUAUUGCUGCUAGGUUCCGAGCUCAGCGGCAAGACGCUCAUUUUCCAAAACAUCAACUUCUAUCGCGGUCUCGGGUGUGAGGAAGGUGUUGAUGUGCACCUGCGUCUUGACUGUCGUGUCAAAGACAGCAGAUGGAGCUUCACGGUUCACUCCACAAAUGCAACCUACACAAAAGGCGACAUCGAUGUGUCACCUGCCGCAGAUCCAGAUUUUAAAUUGGUAGUCGUAUAUGGAGAGCUUCUUCGAGGAAUUACCAGUAUUACCCUUGCAGAAAACCAGGCCGUGGCGCAAAUCAACGUUCCAACUGUAACGUUUGCACACCAGGAAAGCACUGCUGCAGCCAUAGUUGAUGCCCGAACUUUGGACACUUUCAUCCAGGUACUAGGCCUGCUGAUAAAUAGCAGCACAGGAUCCAACUCAGACGGAGAAGUGUAUGUUGCCGCAGCGAUAAACAAGAUGGUGAUCCUGCCAUGCGACUUCCGAUCUCCCCAGACAUGGACAGUCUACGCCAUGUUCUCUGCAACGGAUCCGAAAUAUACCACUGGUGCCAUUUUUGUAUUUUCAGAGUCGGGCGAGAUGCUUGUUCUAGGCUCGGGAAUCCGCUUCGUUAAGACACAAGCAGCAAGAUUAGAACGGAUACUGGGAGGUCCUUCUUCACAAGCCACAACCUUAGCUCCUGGGGUUAAGCAGCCUUUGAAUAACGAUAUUAGCGAUGGAGCGACAUCGCCCGCACCGAGAGUCAACAGUUACAUAGACAGUCUGAAGGGAGUGAAAACUCUCGUCUCCACAUACACCAGUGUCCCCGUGCAUGAAAUGGACGACAAGGAGAGCUUUGGUAGUAUGGGUCUGGAUUCAUUGGCGACAAUUGAACUGGCCGAUGAGCUCAAAGCCAAGUUCGGAAUAAUCGUCAAUUCAGACGACCUAAUCGCAUAUGGCAUCAAGGACUUGAAGAAGCAGCUCAAUCUUCCUACGGAGAGGAAAGUUCCGAACGACGAGGGCAACGGCCACAUGUCUAACCUCGCAUCCAUGCCCGACUAUGUACCACUCUUUGAUAGAGGAACGAACAGUCAGAUCAAGAAGCGGAAUCAUCGUCCGAGCUCACGCCACAGAAUCGAGACGUUAAUAUACAAGAAGGUUGAAGGUGUCGAGAUCCCCGCUGAUGUGUUCAUCCCACUGGAAGCUCCACCGCGAGUCAUGCCAAUAGCCCUGAUGAUCCACGGCGGUGGCCAUAUGACAUUAUCUAGGAAGGCAGUGCGACCUGCGCAGACCUCAUUCCUGCUCGCCAAGGGCAUUCUUCCAAUAAGUAUCGACUAUCGACUUUGUCCGCUGGUCAACAUCAUCGACGGUCCCAUGACGGAUGUGCGAGAUGCUUAUGCAUGGGUGCAGCAAGAUCUCCCGCAUGUCCUCAAAGGGAAGGUCGAAGUAGAUCCUACGAAGAUCGUGAUCAUCGGAUGGUCAACCGGUGGCCAUCUUGCCAUGACGACGGCGUGGACAACGCGCGCAGCAGGCCUGGCGCCCCCACUAGCCAUCCUCAGCUUCUACUGCCCAACCAACUACGAUCCGUCCGCUCAGGCUGAAAUGGGCAAACAAUACCCUUCCCGAACAAUGUCCAUGAGCGAGAUCCGCCAAGCGCUCCCCACACAACCAAUAACCAGUCACUCCUUCAAUACUUCUGACACCUCCAACCUAGGCUGGAUUCAGCCCGGCGAUCCUCUAUCGGAGCUCGUCCUCGCCCUUGUCAAAGAAGAAAAUGGCAUGGGACUUCUCCUCGACGGCAUCCCCACGGACGGCGAGCAAAUCAAGCGACCGGACGCGAAACGCGCCGCGGCAAUCAGUCCACUAGCGCAGGUUCGCGCAGGCUACUACCGGACCCCGACCUUCCUGAUCAUUGGCGAGGAAGAUGAGAUUGUACCGUUUCAUUCGGCAGUGGAAUUUGCCAAUGCCCUUCAAGAGCAGGGGGUGAAGAGCGGGUUUCUGCCAAUUCCGGGCGCGAGACAUAUUCAUGAUUUGUCGUUGAUGCCUGGAGAUGAGGAGUGGGAGAGGGGGGUGGCGCCUGGGUAUAGGUUUUUGUUUGAGCAGAUGGGAUUAUCUGAUGAGGAGGAUUAGUUGGUGAUGAUCAUGGCGGUGGCGGGGUAUCUCGGGUUAUUGUUUGUAUCAUGUCAUGCUGCUGUACUAAUUUGAAUGUGC